GGUCGUUUUUGCGGUCCAUGGGCUCUGCCCCGGAAGUAGUUCGGGCAGGUUCUAGUCCAUACCACUGCCGCGAGGAUGAGGGUGAAGGUGCUGAGCCGGAACCCGGAUGAUUACGUCCGCGAGACCAAGCAGGAUCUGCAGCGCGUGCCAAGAAACUAUGAUCCAGCAUUGCAUCCGUUUGAGGUUCCACGAGAGUAUGUUCGAGCCCUGAAUGCAACAAAAUUAGAACGUGUGUUUGCAAAACCUUUUCUUGCUUCACUGGAUGGGCACAGGGAUGGAGUUAAUUGUAUGGCUAAGCAUCCAAAGAGUUUAUCUACAAUACUUUCUGGGGCAUGUGAUGGAGAGGUUAAAAUUUGGAACUUGACCAAGCGGGAAUGUAUCCGUACUUUACAAGCACAUGAAGGCUUUGUACGAGGGAUAUGUGCGCGUUUUUGUGGUACUUCUUUCUUCACUGUUGGUGAUGAUAAAACUAUAAAGCACUGGAAAAUAAAUGGCCCAGAAAAUGGGGAAGAAGAAGAACCACUGCAUACAAUUCUUGGAAAGACUGUGUACACAGGAAUUGAUCACCAUUGGAAGGAAGGUGUUUUUGCAACUUGUGGUCAUCAAGUAGACAUCUGGGAUGAACAAAGGAGCAGUCCUGUGUGUUCUUUGGCAUGGGGUGUUGAUAGCAUAAGCAGUGUUAAAUUUAAUCCCAUUGAGACCUAUCUUUUGGGAAGCUGUGCUUCAGAUAGAAAUAUUGUGCUGUAUGACAUGAGGCAAUCAACUCCAUUAAAGAAGGUUAUCUUGGACAUGAGGACAAAUACACUCUGUUGGAACCCCAUGGAAGCUUUUAUUUUCACUUCAGCAAAUGAGGACCAUAACUUAUAUACAUUUGAUAUGCGCUUUCUGGAAUCACCUGUCAUGGUUCACAUGGAUCAUGUAUCUGCAAUUCUUGAUGUGCAUUACUCCAGCUUUGAUAAAUCUAUUCGCAUUUUUCCUGUAGACAAAGGUCACAGCAGAGAGGUAUAUCAUACAAAGAGAAUGCAGCAUGUCAUCACCGUCAAGUGGACCUCUGACAACAAAUACAUUCUAUGUGGCUCAGAUGAGAUGAACAUUCGUCUGUGGAAAGCUAAUGCUUCUGAAAAACUGGGCGUGCUUGCACCACGAGAGAGAGCAGCUAUGAAUUACAACCAAAAGUUGAAAGAGAAGUUCCAACACCAUCCUCAGAUCAAACGCAUAGCUCGUCACCGUCACUUGCCCAAAGCUAUCUACAGCCAGGCCAAGCAGCAGCGCAUCAUGCGGGAAGCUUGUCGGCGGAAGGAACUGAAUCGCCGUAAACACAGCAAGCCGGGGUCCUCACCAUUUGUGUCAGAAAAGAAGAAGCACAUUGUGGCUGUAGUGAAAUAACUUUUUUUGCUGGUUUACAGCAUUGUGUGUAACUUUUUUAUUUAAACAAUUAGCUACACUGUACAAAAGUAAGGAUCUGCUGCAGACCCAGCCACAAGUGAUGUGGCUCAUUUUUCUUCUUUGUAUCCCCCUCCUCCUAUUUCUCAAGUCAUCAUCCAGUUUGAGAAUUCAGAAUACUUGGUUUUAUAAAGUCCUGUAAUCAAACUUGUGGCUGGUGUAAAUUGACCCAGCCCUAUAUAUUUCAGUGAAACUUCACUUGAAAUAUCAGCAGAGAAUUUGACUGUUGGGGUGAUAUAUCAGUAUAUCAGCUCUCUCCCCUGCCACCUUCUCCUACAAAAAAAAAAAAAAAAGGUGAACAUAUUUCAUCAUUGCCUAUGGCAAAUAGAUUUCCCUGAUGUUAGAAAUUAUAAACUAUAUAUUUUUAAUGACAAUUAUAAAAAAGGAAAAAAUUUGUUAGAAA